AUGUCAUCAAACGACGUGGCAACAAACCAAAAUACUGGAUCAGAUCAAAAAUCUGAUGCCAAUAAACAACAAGAUCAAGCCGGUUCGGGCACUGAUGAUCCAAAACAAAUCAAUGGUAAAAAUGUCAUCGCAACAAAAGUGACUGGUACAGUCAAAUGGUUCAAUGUUAAAAGCGGCUAUGGAUUUAUUCAUCGGGAAGAUACUAAUGAGGACAUCUUCGUUCAUCAAACAGCUAUUGUUAAGAACAAUCCACGAAAGUACUUACGUAGUGUUGGUGAUGAAGAAAAAGUCGAAUUUGAUAUUGUACAAGGUGAAAAAGGUUAUGAAGCCGCAAAUGUAACUGGUCCUAAUGGCGACAGUGUACAAGGUUCCAAAUAUGCAGCUGAUCGUCGACAAUAUAAUACACGUGGCAGUUUCCGUGGAGGACGAGGUGGCGGUCGACCACCAUUCCGUGGCCGUGGUGGACCUUUCCGUGGAGGUCGAGGAGGUGGUUUUGAUAAUGGUUAUAAUCAAGGUUUUGGUCAACCAUUCGAAGGUUAUGGUCCACCACCAAUGGUCGGACGUCCACCUUUUGCUCGACCAGGUCGAGGUUUCGGUGGUCCUAUGUUACGAGGUCGUGGACGACCCCCACUUCGAGGCGGCUAUGGAUAUGAUGGCGAUUUUGCUGGUCGAGGACCACGUGUCUUUCGCGGUCGUGGUGGUCCAAUGUUAGGCGGUCCAAUGGGUCCUAUGCCAGGUCCAAUGGGUCCACCAAUGGGUGGCUUUCGUGGUCGUGGUGGACCUUUUCGUAGUCGUGGUCGUGGUCGUGGACGAUUUUUCCGCGGAGCUCGCCAAGGAAAUCGUAAUGAUGGAAAUAACGAUAACAAUGACAAUCAAACCGGCGGUCAAGAUGGAGGUCAAUCAUCAGUCUAA